AUGGUACAGGGAGUCGCUGUUUACGAUACUAUGCAAUACGUAACAGGGGAUGUAUUUACAAUAGGCGUCGGGUUAAAUGCUUCAAUGGGAGCUUUCCUUCUACACGGGGGGACGUUUACUAAACGGGUAAUGACCCAAAACACAUCAAUUAUGAUCCACCAACCCCAUAUGUCUCCUUAUGAUCGUCGCGCCACUUCAAUAGAAUCAAGCUUCGAUUCAGAGUAUCUGGGCCUUUUGCGUUCGUAUGUUGCGCGAACUUAUUUAAGAAGAACAAAGCAAGAUUUCGAACUAAUUUGUUAUCUAUUAGAACGAGAUAUUUAUAUGACACCAGACCAAGCAGUAGAGUUUGGUCUUAUCGACGAAAUCGGCGUAGAAGGACUCGGUUUUUCAGAUACAUUAGAUACAUUGUUUAUUCAUGACGAUGCUGAUGCCCAUGAUAAUAGUUUUGCGAAUCGUGCUUUAAUGGGUUCUAAUAUGCAGCGUCAAGCAGUUCCACUUGUUCAACCUGAGAAGUGUAUUGUCGGAACUGGAUUGGAGGGUCAAGCAGCUCUAGAUUCAGGAAGUGUAGCUAUAGCUAAGCAAGGGGGAAAAAUAAAGUAUAUUGAUGGUGAAAAUAUCACCAUAACUUCAUCUGUUGCUCGAAACAAUAUAGAAACAGAAUUGAUUCUAUAUCAACGUUCUAAUAGCGAUACUUGUAUGCAUCAAAAACCCCGAGUUCGCCAAGGGGAGUAUGUAAAGAGGGGACAAAUUAUAGCAGACAGUGCAGCUACAGCAGGGGGAGAACUUUCUUUGGGAAAAAACAUCUUAGUGGCCUAUAUGCCAUGGGAAGGAUACAAUUUUGAAGAUGCAAUACUUAUUAGUGAACGUCUGGUAUAUCAAGACAUUUUUACUUCUUUCCAGAUCGUAAGAUACGAAAUUGGAGUUUAUUUUACGAACCAGGGCCCUGAAGUAAUAACUAGAGAAAUACCUCAUUUAGAUGCUUACUUACUUCGUCAUCUGGACGAAAACGGCCUUGUAAUGAUAGGAUCUUGGAUAGAAACAGGUGAUGUAUUAGUAGGUAAAUUGAUACUGGAAGCAGAAGAAGACUCACUAUUAAAUACUCCAGAAGGAAAAUUAUUACAAGCUUUAUUUGAUAUUAAGGCACCUACUGGAAAAGAAAAUUGUUUUAGAGUCCCUAAAGGUGUAAAAGGUCGAGUUAUCGAUGUGAGAUGCUUUCAGGAGUUCGAGGAAGACGAUUAUCUCGGCGAUAUUGUAGAAAAAGUUCAUGUAUAUAUUUUACAAAAACGUAAAAUACAAGUAGGCGAUAAAGUAGCUGGAAGGCAUGGUAAUAAAGGUAUUAUUUCAAAAAUUUUGCCCAGGCAAGAUAUGCCUUAUUUACAGAAUGGAACACCAGUGGACAUGGUAUUAAAUCCAUUAGGGGUACCUUCACGAAUGAAUGUAGGACAGAUCUUUGAAUGUUUGCUUGGUUUAGCAGGAAAACUAAUGAACAAACAUUACAGACUAGCACCUUUUGACGAAAGGUACGAGCGAGAAGCUUCUAGAAAACUAGUCUUCUCUGAGCUUUAUAAAGCUAGCGAGCAAACAGCUAAUCCAUGGGUAUUUGAACCUGAUCAUCCUGGAAAACAUAGAUUAAUUGAUGGAAGAACAGGAAAGGUAUUUGAACAACCUGUUACAAUAGGAAUAGCUUAUAUAUCGAAAUUGUGCCAUCAAGUUGAUGACAAAAUUCAUGCACGUUCCAGUGGACCUUAUACACUGGUUACACAACAACCUCUCAAAGGAAAAUCCCACCGAGGAGGGCAACGAGUAGGAGAAAUGGAAGUUUGGGCUUUACAAGGUUUUGGUGUUGCUUAUAUCUUACACGAGAUGCUUACUUUAAAAUCUGACCAUAUGGAUACUCGUGAAAAAAUAUUUGGUGCCAUUUUCAACGGAGAACCAAUGCCUAAACCUAGCACUCCUACAGAAUCUUUCCGAUUGCUCAGUAGAGAACUACGAUCUUUAGCUCUAGAAUUGAAUCAUACUAUUCUAUCUGAGAUAGACUUUCAGAUAGAUAAGAAGGAAGUUUGAUCAAAAUGAAUCAAAAUUUAUUUUUUAUGAGUGACCAGGAUAAACA